CGCGAAAAAAUAUAAUGGCAGAAGGACCAGCUCUUGUAAGGCCACGAACUCUCUUUGGACAACCACUUGAUGGGGAAGUGCUGCCCAAAAUUGCAGAGUAUAUUGUUCAACAUCUAAACAUUCGAGAUGUAUUCAAGUUUCGAACUUGUUCGUUUGUUUGCCGUGAAUUUGGAAACCUGAUGCUCGCCGCCAUGCUUGAACUUGACUUUACAUACUAUAAUAAAAAUGCGCGUAAUAACCGUAUCCACGAGGCUCCUAUACGCGCAUGCAUCAGGAAUUGCAGAAAGCUUAAGAGGAUUAUCCUGAUUAAUCAAAAAUGGCUCACAGAUGACGUGCUAUAUGAGUUGUUGAUUAACAACAUCCAUGUGAAGAUUUUCGAUAUCCGCGGCAGUAAGAAGAUCACCUAUAACGGACUUCGGCCACUGACUGAGUUCUGCAAGGAGCUAAUUUCCAUCUCUAUUGUGGACAUGCCUAUGAGCAAUGAGUUCUUGAGAACCCUUCAUUGGAUAGAGCUGAAGAAAGCGGAGUUUUCCCAUGCCACUGGCUUCAACGCAAAGUCUGUUGAUCUCUUCAUUCGGAAACAUCCCAAGCUGGAGUGCAUUGAUCUUCAAGAGACCGGCGUGGAUGUGAAGAGGAUUCUCCGCACCAUCGCGAAGACUUGCCCAAACUUGUUCUUCCUGGAUGUUGAUGGUUGCGAGAAUGUUUCCGAGGGAGCUAUUCGAAAUGUCGCUCAAAAGUGUUCACAAAUUAAGUACAUCGUGGCGUGGGUGCAUCAUCAACCCACAGUGCUGUUGCUCAAAAAUAGAGGCAUUAAGAUGGAACGAGAUUGGAUGGAAAUGGGCGAGUAUCCCUUCAUGCUGGUGGAAUAUGUUACAGAAACAGAUAUUCUACGUUUCCCGGAUACUUAUAAUGCUGGGCCUAUUUAUCCGGAAAGUGAGAAGCUGUGGGAUGGCAAGCCAACUCUAGACAUGGUUGGAUAUGAUUUUGAUAUGUACUUGUACUACAAUUACGUUAAGGAUUUUGAUUAUUGAAAAAGAAGGGAGAAAAGUUUUGCCUUGGAUUGCCGUUGAUAUUUGAGAUUCUGAAGAUCGAUUGAAAUUUCAAUUACCAAUAUUAUACUAAUAAUGCUAAUAAUAUAAUAUAAUAUGAGAUUUGGAUUAUGUAAAGACCAUUGCCGUCUGCUAUAUAAACAGCAAGCAAACUGUUUUUUUUCUGGCAAGAUCCUUUAAGGAUGUAGAAAUACUUAUGACAUUAUAAUGAUUGAAUUAAGGAAAUUAAGUAAUGAAAUAAAUGUAU